AUGAUCGUGUUGCGACGGCUCGCGCUGGCCGCGCUGGCGCUGGAGCGCGCGCAUGCCUUCGGCGACGUGCGCGAGCUGAACGACGAGACCUUCGACAGCGUCGUCGACGGGUCCGCGCACUUCGAGAGCGACGUCAUCCUCGCGCGCGUCGACACGGAGGAAUCGCCCAAGGUCGGCAAGCGCUUCGCCAUCGACGGCCACCCGAUCUUCCGCUGGUUCAAGAAGGGCGGCGUCGCCGACGACAAGUUCUACUUCGUGCACUACAGCGGCCGCAUGGCGAACACGUUCCUGAAGAUGAUCGGCGAGCGCACGGGCGGCGAGUACCCGAAGCUCGACAUCGAGGUGUCCAAGGUGCGCAAGAUCAAGUCCGACGACUUUGAGAGCGUCGUCCUCGACCCCGCGAGGCACACGCUCUGCGCCAUGUACACGCCCUGGACGGAGUCCAAGUUCGUCGUCGAGGCCCUCGACGGCGUCGCGAAGAUCGCGUCCAUGGCCGGCGCGAACGUCGACGUCGUCAAGAUGGGCAUCGACCGCGUCUACGAGCGCGACGUCGCCGACAAGUACGACUGCAAGGGCUACCCGUGCUACUUCCUCUUCAAGGCCGGCGCGCCGGCCGACGCGACGCCCGUGCGCUACGAGGGCGCCGACGACGAGGUCGAGCGCUUCGUCGAGUUCGUCAACAAGGAGACGGGGCUGGACCUCGAUCCCCUGGCGACGACGCGCAAGGUCGAGAUCGGCCGCGUCGCCAAGCUCGACGCGCUCCUCGGCGGCGACGACGCCGCGGCGACGCUCGAGGCCGCCGCCGCCUACCUCCCGGCGGACCAGGAGGCCUACGGCGCCUACUACGUCAAGGUCGCGAAGAAGCUGGCGGACGGCGAGGCGCCGUCGUACCUCGCGGACGAGAUCGCGCGCAUCGCCAAGCUCCUCAAGGACACGAGCCUGUCCUCGGCGAAGCGGAAGGACUUCUCCGCGCGCAAGAACAUCCUCAACGCCUUCGCCGAGCUGCGCAACUACUGCGAGUGCCGGUCCGCCGAGGUCGGCGUCGCCGGCGACGCGGCGCGCGCGGGCCUCGGCCCGGCGCUCUUCGCGCCCGGCAGCUGCCGCGUGUCGCGGCGCGCCAUGGUCGACUACGCCAAGGCGCCGGGCCGGCUCACGGUCGUCGUCAUGGCCUACCUGCCGGAGCAGAACGGGCGAUUGAACAAGCUCGUCUGCUCCUACGCGAGGAGCGAGAUGAUCCGGAAGGUGCUGCUGCUCUGGAACGGGCCCCACGACAACGUGCCGAACACGACCUGCGCCCGCGGCUGGCGGAGCCAGCAGGAGGGCUUCCACUACGCGUCGCUGACGUCGCCGAAGCGCGAGGGCCGGCGGGGUCCCGAGGCGGAGCUCGAGGUCGUCGUCGAGCGGAAGAACACGCUGCUCAACCGCUACCGCCACGGGCGGCGCUGCGCGACGGAGGCCGUGCUCCUCCAGGACGACGACAUCUUCCACCACCGCGAGACGCUCGAGGCCUUUAGCUGGAUGCACGCGGCGGCGCCGGCGCAGGUCCUCGGCACGUACCCGGAGCGCGACUGGCAGGUCAACGCGGAGACGGGUGAGUACGCCUACGUCUUCCACCCGCAGAAGACGAAGUCGAAGCAGUACAGCUUCCUGCUCGGGCAGACGUCCGUCGUCGGCCGCGACACGCUCAGCGACUUCCUCUCGGGCGCGCCGCGGCAGGCGCUCGCCUACAUCGUCUCCCACAAGCCGACCUGCGAGGACCUGACCUUGCACUACUUCAACAGCAACCGGAGCGGCCUGCCGCCCGUCGUCUUCAGCGACCUCAAGCCGGACCAGAUCAUGGGCGCGCGCGGCCACCAGAUGCACACGUCCGUGAGCCGCCGGGCCUGGAACAAGCGCCGCGAGCGCUGCCUCAACCGCCUCGCCGCCGACUUCUCGCGCAUGCCCCUCGUCAAGUCCGCGUGCCGCGUCCGCGGCAACAUCACGCGCGUGCUCCAGCGCGUCGCCGCGGGCGAGCGCGGCCUCUGGAAGCACACGAACGCCGCCGAGCGGGACCGCGACGCCCUCGACCCUCGCAUGGUCGUCGAGCUGGGCCCGGCGUUCGCCGCGUCGCUGCCGCCCGCGGCGACGAGCGCGGCGGCGUUCACGCGGCGCCUGAGCGACGGCGAGCGCGACGGCGAGGCUCCCAGCGAGGCGACGGUGGCGUGGUGCGCGGCGACGCUCGAGCGGGAGGGCGUCUGCGUGCUGGAGAACGUCGUGAGCGUUCCCCGCGCGGACGAGCUCCACGAGGCCUGGGCGGCGUCCUGGGCGGCGCUCGCGAAGAUCUACGAGCCGUGCGCGGCCAUGUACGACGGGCGCUACUCCGGCGUCGCGCCGCGCUUCGCGGAGCUCGCGCCGCGCGGGCCGCGGCGCGUGGCCAUGUCGACGUUCUCGUCGCCGGCGACGGUGGCCAACGGGGUGUUGGGCGCGGUCAUGCGGCGGUCCCUCGGCGACGACGCGACGUGCUUCGUCGAGAACACGAUCGUGUCGCUGCCCGGGUCGCGGGACCAGCGGAUCCACUGCGACGCCGGCCACCUCUUCGACCCCGCCGACGUCGGCGUGCUCCCCGCGCACCACCACAGCUGCUUCCUGGCCCUCGUCGACCAGACCGCGGCCACGGGCAACACGGCCUUCGCGCCGGGGACGCACCGGAGCGAGGCCGGCGGCCUCGAGUCGAAGCGGCCGGGGCGGCCGUUGCCGCCGGACGCCGCUUUCGUCGACGC